AAAAAAGCUGGAAACAUCUGCCUGGCUGCCGCCAUCGAAUGUUAUCAAUGAAGCUGUUGUCUGCAUUUCGAGCAUGUCGAGCAAGAAAAAUAAAAAACUGACUGAUGCUGAGCUUCAAUACUUCGCUGAGAACUUAGACGAAAUAUCUUCACCAGAUGAAUUGAGUACUGCCUCUGGGGAGUCAUCUUCAGAAGAAGAUCCAUUUCAUAAAAGUGGAGAGUCAGACGAAUCGUACAAGCCGUCCUCUAGUUCUGAUGAAGAUAUUCAAAAUGACAAUAGCGAUACUGAAGAAGAAGAAGGAAAUAUUACUGCGGAAAACUCAGGCGAACAAUUUGAAAUUCCUGCUAUGAAUGGCAAUGUAAUAUGGUCUUUACCGACAAAAGAUGCUCACAUACCACGGUUCAGUAUUCCGGAUGAAAUUCAGUGUGCCGUAGACCCAUCGAUUACCGCAAAUUCUACUCCACUAGAAAUAUUCAACAAACUUUUUCCGCGUAGUCUGUUUAUUUUUAUUGCUAAAUGUACAAACCAGAGAAUUCAAAUGUAUAAUCGCAAUAACAAGUCUGCUACCCUUACUGAUGCAGGAGAAAUUAUGAUCACUCUCGGUUGCUCAUUGGUUAUGUGCUACAAUAAAGUACCGAAUCUUAGGCAUUACUGGUCAUCUCAUCCAUCUUUGGGAAACAAAGCGAUAAAAUCAGCCAUAUCUAAGAACAGAUGUUUGUUUCUUCUUUCUAAGCUUUAUUUUAACGACCCCAAAAAGCCAGAAGGUUCUAGUAAAAUAUAUUACGUACAGGAACUCAUAUCCUGUUUCAAAUACACUUUUCAGAAGUAUCGAUCUGACAGUUCGAGGCAAAGCAUAGACGAAAGCAUGGUUGGCUUCAAGGGAAGGUCGUCAUUGAAGCAGUAUAUGCCCCAAAAACCAGUAAAGAGAGGCAUAAAAUUAUGGUGUAGAUGUGACGCUAAAACAGGAUAUACAUAUGACACAAAUGUAUACUGCGGCAAAGAAGAUGUUGAAAGAUGCGGAACUCUUGGUGAAACAGUAGUCAAAAAACUAUGUGAGACCAUAAGAAAUCCGAAUGUUGUAUUGGCAUUUGACCGAUUUUUUACUUCAGUACAUUUGAUGGACUACCUUCAGUACCCAGCAGUGGGAACUGCCAUACUUACGAGAAAAGAUAUGCCAAAAAAAUUUAAAGAAAAAAGAAAAAUGAAUAGAGGCGAAUGUGAGUUUUUGACGAAUCAAUCAAGCUCUCUCGCAACCAGAUGGCAAGAUACGAAAGAAGUCAUUGUGCUGAGUAAUUGCCAUAGUACAGUCAUGACAAGUGUAAAGAGAAAAGACAAAAGUGGCAAAAAAGUUGAUGUGCCAUGCCCUACCGCCAUUGCAUUUUAUAACGAAAUAAUGGGUGGAGUUGAUCUUGCAGAUCAAAUGAGCGGCGUUUACAAUUUGGAUCGAAAAUCAUGUAAAUGGUGGAAAAAGAAGAUCUAA